AUGACCAUCGCAAUCGGACAAGAAAAGAACCGUGGUAGGUUUGAUCUAAUUGAUGACUGGGUUAAAAGAGACCGUUUUGUAUUUGUUGGUUGGUCUGGAUUACUACUUUUUCCAUGCGCAUACUUAGCAUUAGGAGGAUGGCUAACAGGUACUACUUUUGUUACUUCAUGGUAUACACAUGGAUUAGCAAGCUCAUAUUUAGAAGGAUGUAAUUUCUUAACAGCUGCCGUAUCAACACCUGCGAAUAGUAUGGGACAUUCUUUACUAUUGCUUUGGGGUCCUGAAGCUCAAGGAGAUUUCACACGCUGGUGCCAAAUAGGUGGACUAUGGGCAUUUAUAGCUCUACAUGGAUCUUUUGGCUUAAUUGGCUUUUGUUUACGACAAUUUGAAAUUGCUCGACUUGUAGGAAUCAGACCCUAUAACGCAAUUGCAUUUUCAGGACCAAUUGCAGUAUUUGUAUCUGUCUUUCUGAUGUACCCAUUAGGACAAUCUAGUUGGUUCUUUGCUCCUAGUUUUGGAGUUGCUGCUAUCUUUAGAUUCCUUUUAUUUCUACAAGGAUUCCAUAACUGGACACUAAAUCCAUUUCAUAUGAUGGGUGUAGCUGGUAUCCUAGGAGGAGCUCUUUUGUGCGCUAUUCAUGGUGCAACUGUACAAAAUACAUUAUUUGAAGAUGGUGAUGCUGCCGAUACUUUUAGAGCAUUUACUCCAACUCAGUCAGAAGAAACGUACUCAAUGGUAACAGCUAAUCGUUUCUGGUCACAAAUUUUUGGCGUUGCUUUUUCUAAUAAACGCUGGUUACAUUUUUUCAUGCUUUUCGUACCUGUAACAGGAUUAUGGACUAGCGCAUUUGGUAUUGUAGGAUUAGCUUUAAAUUUGAGAGCUUAUGAUUUUGUAUCACAAGAAUUAAGGGCUGCUGAAGAUCCUGAAUUUGAAACAUUUUAUACAAAAAAUAUCUUAUUAAACGAAGGUAUUCGUGCAUGGAUGGCAGCUCAAGACCAACCUCACGAAAACUUCAUAUUCCCGGAGGAGGUAUUGCCACGUGGAAACGCCCUUUAA